UCUGUUCUCAGUCGUGGACCACUCAAGCCUGGGCUGUUAGAGAGGCUGCUGGUUCUCCGAGACCCCCUGGCCGAACCGAACAAGGGAAAUGGUCCCCGCCCUGCCACUCGUCAGUUGAAGAGUGGCCGCCCUGGCAGGGUGGCAGGCCAGCUGCGGCGCGGGGCGCCGGCCAGAAGGGCUGCAUUGUCGUCCUGUCUGUCCUGCUGAAUGUCGGUUCCAGAGGAUGAGGAGAGGCUUUUGCCGCUCGCCCAGAGAUGGCCCCGAGCGAGCAAGUUCCUCCUGUCGGGCUGCGCGGCUACCGUGGCCGAGCUAGCAACCUUUCCCCUCGAUCUCACAAAAACUCGACUCCAAAUGCAAGGAGAAGCUGCCCUUGCUCGGCUGGGAGACAGUGCAAGAGACUCUGCUCCCUACAGGGGCAUGGUGCGCACGGCCCUAGGGAUUGUCCAAGAGGAAGGCUUUCGAAAGCUUUGGCAAGGAGUGACCCCCGCCAUUUACAGACACAUAGUGUACUCUGGAGGUCGAAUGGUCACAUAUGAACAUCUCCGUGAAGUCGUGUUUGGCAAAACUGAAGAUAAGCAUUAUCCCCUUUGGAAAUCAGUGAUUGGAGGCAUGAUGGCUGGUGUUGUUGGUCAAUUUUUAGCCAACCCAACUGACCUAGUAAAGGUUCAGAUGCAAAUGGAAGGAAAAAGGAAACUUGAAGGAAAACCGCUGCGAUUUCGUGGCGUGCAUCAUGCAUUUGCAAAAAUCUUAGCUGAAGGAGGAAUACGUGGGCUUUGGGCAGGCUGGGUACCCAAUAUACAAAGAGCAGCGCUGGUGAAUAUGGGAGAUUUAACCACUUAUGAUACAGUGAAACACUACUUGGUAUUGAAUACACCACUUGAGGACAAUAUUAUGACUCAUGGUUUAUCAAGUUUAUGUUCUGGACUGGUAGCUUCUAUUCUGGGAACACCAGCCGAUGUCAUCAAAAGCCGAAUCAUGAAUCAACCACGAGAUAAACAAGGAAGGGGACUUCUGUAUAAAUCAUCAACUGACUGCUUGAUUCAGGCUGUGCAAGGAGAAGGAUUCAUGAGUCUAUAUAAAGGCUUUUUACCAUCUUGGCUGCGAAUGACCCCUUGGUCACUGGUGUUCUGGCUUACUUAUGAAAAAAUCAGAGAGAUGAGUGGAGUCAGUCCAUUUUAAGCCCUUAAAGAUACAGUGUUCAGUAUCAUUGAAAUAUGGGCACCUGCAACACACCCCCCUAUUAUUUCUACCUCUUUAGGAAGACACCUUUCUCCACAGAGACUGUGAUUUAUAGGGGGCAGCACUUUAUUUUUCUCUGGAAACCCAAGUUCUGUUUGACUCCUCUUUUUGUUCAAAAGCAAUCUGGUUGGAUCACACAAAAUGAGACCCAGCACAGCGUUUUCUAAAGAAGACUCGAAUCCUGACCACUUACCUUGGGUGAGAAGAUUUGACCUUUGUGAUGCUAUUCUGUGCUGAAGGGGCCUGCUUAGAGGAGGCAUCCCAGAGGGAGACAGCAUCUCAGACCCGGAGUAGACAAUAGGAAUGUGGAAGAAUACAGACACAUGGAGUGACUAAGAAAAAUAUAUUUCAUCUGUUAUGUCAGUAUUUACAACGGAAAUUUGAUAAUUCACUUUUCUGUUGUUAAAGUAACAUAGUGUAAUUUAAAGGAAGGUGAAUGAAAAUUCCUGAAUAAACAUUUUCAAUUUC